ACAAUGUCUGCGAAGGAAAUUCACUACUCUGACAAAUACAACGACGACGCCUUCGAGUACAGGCAUGUUGUGUUACCGAAGCAGCUGUCCAAACUGGUGCCCGCCUCGCAUCUCAUGACCGAAGAAGAGUGGCGAGGCCUCGGCGUCCAGCAGAGCGAAGGAUGGAUCCACUACAUGAUCCACAAACCCGAGCCUCACAUUUUGCUCUUCAGAAGGCCACUCCCCAAGAACUCACGUGCAACAUAG